AGAGAGGUCUAGUAAAGCACAGGGAAGCAUUGUAAAGCACAGAGAGGACAAGACAAUCCAGGGUGAAUUAAUGUACAUCACAAGCAAGGGAAGAUUGCAAAAUUACAUGAAAUGUCCCCCUGCUAUAUUUCUGUGAGGGUAGAGGCGAUUUUAAAUAUAGACUGAGAUUAAGAACAAAGGCAUUGAUGGCUGUGGUCUCAGUCUGCUGCAGCUGACUCUCUUGCAUGUGGGUUCAGCUGAGGUUUUGCUGUGGGCUUUUCGGCUGUGUUUCUAUUUUUUAAAUCUCCUGCAGAGAGGGGUUUCUGCGCACGUUGUGUUCCCUGCGAGCGAGCUUCAACUGGAUCCUUUUUCAGGUUUUCAAAACUCGCUCGGAAUGAGGAACAAGCAGAUAAAUAAAUAAAAGGCGACUGUGACAGAGGCCAGACGGAGGUUUGGGGUUUUUUUUUAGAAUUUUUGGUUGUUUGCAGAACUGGUGCUGCUGCUUCACUUCUUGCACACUGCUGACCAGAGACACUUUUUCACAGGAAAGAAACAACAGCGAUCAAACUAAGAAUAACAGCAGUAAUAAUGUCACCGCUCGUGAACUCCACAAUCCACUACCAUCAUCCACUAAAGCAGACCCCUGUUAAUGCAGAGCACUCUGGAUGACUCAUUACUCAUAGACUGUGGCUGUCACUGGUGUGGUCCCAGAUCAAAGAUUGACGGCACCUUUUGGAAAGUUUUUUUGUUGGUUUUCCUUUCUUUCCGAGUCUCGCUGGUUUUCCCCACGACGAUGAAAGGACAGCUUGUCUACUUCCUGUCCUGGACCCUUCACUUCCUGUUCCGCCCCGCCCUCCCGGAAGCCUGCACCACUGGCACGGCCGCCGAGUGCAGAGAAGCCGACUUCGUGCCAGGGUACAACCUGGCGGGAGAAGGCUUCGACAUCGUGAAGAUGGAACGCAAGGGCGCUUACGUCAUCGAUGUCAACUCCUGGAAGAGGAAAGACAGGACCUGCACCCUUUGCAAGAACCCCUUUCUGGAGAACGUGGCUCAGAAGCUGCCCCUGUCCGUGGUAGACUGGCGGGCCCUUCCCAAGUGCAGCUCGAAGAUCUCCAGCUCCAUCCAUCAAUCGAGUGAGUCCCUCGUCAACUCCAGCACGUCUUCCAUAGAGAACAACUGGCAGCUCGAUCUGAAAAUCAAUACCGUCAAGGCAUCGGGGAACCUGCUGCUGGCGGGGUCUCAUUCCCGGCUGGCCGAGUACUCUAUGGAGAAGACCAAGAGCGAUAAGUUCAGCUUCACCAGCCACGAGACCUCCUGCAGAUUUUACAGUUACAGGGUAGUGGACGAACCCAGACUCCACAGAGAGUUUGGCCGCACCGUGAAAAAACUCCCAAGGAACUACGACGGCCAGAGCAAGCCCCUGUACUACAAGCUGAUCGACACGUACGGCACGCACUAUGUGAAGAAGGUGCUGCUGGGCGGCAAAGUAAAAAGCAUCACCUCUAUAAAAACUUGCAAAACCGCGCUGGACGGGCUGACCGUCAACGACGUGAAGGACUGCCUUGACGUGGAAGCCUCGGCCACGGUGAGCGACAAGGCCGAGGGGGCCGCCAAAGCCCACCACUGCCAGGAGCUGAAGAAGAGGAGCAGCAACAAGCAGAGCUUCCACGACUCCUUCAACGACCGGCAGACCGAGAUCACCGGGGGCAAAGCCAUGUCCGCCGAUCUCCUUUUCUCCACCACCUCGGACCCCAGCGCUUACCAGGAGUGGAUGGAGAGCUUGAAGACCACCCCGGACAUGAUCUCCUACGCACUGGAGCCCCUGCACAACCUGAUUCGUUUCAAAGGCCCCGUCAGGAAUAACCUGAAGAAGGCUGUGGUUCACUACAUCUUGGAAAAGGGCCUCCAGCAGAGCUGCUCUGGAAAAUGUGCCACGGGGUCGCGGAGCAACCUGGGAGACUCCUGCUCCUGCGUGUGUCACAGCGGCGCGGGCAUCGACAGCAUGUGCUGCCCGACCCAGAGGGGGCUGGCCAAGCUGACAGUGAAGGUGAUCAAGGGCGAAAACCUCUGGGGUGACUACCACGGCCAAACGGACGGGUUCGUGAAGGUCAUCUUAGGGAACAGGGUGGAGAGGACCUCGGUCGUGCCGGAGAACAACAACCCAAGCUGGAAUCACUACUUCGAUUUCGGGAGCGUCACGCUCACCAUGGCCACGGAGCUGAAGUUCGAGGUCUGGGAUGAAGACAGCGGGUGGGACGAUGACCUUCUGGGAAGCUGCUCUCGGAAGCUGGAGAAAGGGUCCCAGGAGAACUUGUGCGCCCUCAAUCACGGGAACCUCUUCUUCUCCUACACCCUGGAGUGCGGACCCAGCUUGGGCGGCCCGGCCUGCGGGGAGUACACCUCAACCCCAGUGAGCGCCGAGCUGAUGAACAGCUUCGUGUCGAGGAACUCCAGGAGAAUUUCUCCAGAGAUGCUAGCGUCCAUGGGAGUUGUGUUUCCCAUCCUUUCUCCUUUCCCUUCCAACACCAGCAUGCGCGAGUCAGUAAAUGAAGAAGCCCCCCCUAUCUAGUGGGAAAGUUAGGGGUAUCGCCCCCAAGUUCUGAAGUCACAAGUUAGACUAUCAAGGAUUAGUUUUACAGCUGGUUUGAGAGACCCCAAUUCGUGCUCAACUUGAACUAUCCAAUGCUAUCUUCUUCUUCUUCUUCUUCUUCUUCUUCUUCUUCUUCUUCUUCUUCUUCUUCUUC